UAGUAUUUUUUUAAGUUCUCCAGUACAGAUUUUGAAGAAAAAUUGACAUAUUUAGUUUCUUUAUAAAUUAACUAAUUGAGAAGUCCUGACACAAAACAAGUAAAAGUGAGUAAAAGUACAAAUUAUUGUAAUAAAAUAGAAAAAAAAAUAUUUAUAAUUACAAAAAGUCAAAAUAUUCGUUGAAAUUUCGUUCUUUUUUCCAUGUUAGUUGAUACGUCCUGCAGGUCAUGCUCCACCUUUGGGUGUUCCCUGGAAUCUCCUCCCACCUGGAGACACUUGGACCCCUCAGAGGUGAGCAGGACCCUCCAGACCAGCAGACUGGAGGCAUAGAGAUCGGAUCACCAGGAACCUGCUUAUGCUGCUAUGACGACGAUGAUGAUGAUGAUGAAGCAUUGCACCUGGAGCCUCCUGUACUGCACGGCCCUGCUUUUGUCUGACGUUGUGCAGGCCACAUAUCACCUCAGGCCUGGAGACUCUCAGCUUAUAGCUGCCCAAAGUUACGCUCAGGCCAGAAAUAACGGUCGACCACCAUUCAGGACCCUGAAUCCAUCAAAGGAAGACGGUCAGUGCCGGAGCCGCCCCCUGGACCUGGUCUUCAUCAUUGACAGCUCUCGCAGCGUCCGUCCGGCCGAGUUCGAGAAGGUCAGAAUAUUCCUGGCCAACAUGGUGGACACUCUGGACGUGGGACCAGAUGCCACCAGAGUGGCAAUCGUCAACUACGCCAGCACAGUCAAGAUCGAGUUCUUCCUCAAAAACUAUUUCAACAAACUGGAGCUGAAGAAGGCCAUCGCUCGCAUUCAGCCCUUGGCAACAGGAACCAUGACCGGCCUGGCCAUCAAGACGGCGAUGAACGAAGCCUUCACGGAGCAGUCUGGAGCCCGCCCUCGCUCCAGGAACAUCUCCAAGGUGGCAAUCAUCGUGACGGACGGGAGACCCCAGGAUCAGGUGGAGGAGGUCUCCGCUGAAGCCCGGGCCUCAGGCGUUGAGAUUUACGCCGUUGGGGUGGACCGUGCGGACAUGCGCUCCCUACAGCUGAUGGCCAGCAUCCCUCUGGAAGACCACGUCUUCUACGUGGAGACUUACGGCGUCAUUGAGAAGCUCACCUCCAAGUUCAGGGAGACGCUGUGUGGUGUGGACUCGUGUGCCAUGGGACACGACUGCCAGCACACGUGUGUCAGCACCAACACCUCCUAUCACUGCAAGUGCUGGAAUGGUUAUGUCUUGAAUCCGGACAAGAAAACAUGUUCCCUGCAAAGUGUGGACCCGUGUGCCAUGGGACACGACUGCCAACACACAUGUGUCAGCACCAACACCUCCUAUCACUGCAAGUGCUGGAAUGGUUAUGUCUUGAAUCCGGACAAGAAAACAUGUUCCCUGCAAAGUGUGGACCUGUGUGCCAUGGGACACGACUGCCAACACACGUGCGUCAGCACCAACACCUCAUAUCACUGCAAGUGCUGGAAUGGUUAUGUCUUGAAUCCGGACAAGAAAACAUGUUCCCUGCAAAAUGUGGACCCGUGUGCCAUGGGACACGACUGCCAACACACGUGUGUCAACACCAACGCCUCCUAUCUCUGCAAGUGCUGGAAUGGUUAUAUCUUGAAUCCGGACAAGAAAACAUGUUCCUUGAAACGUGUGGACCCGUGUGCCAUGGGACACGACUGCCAACACACGUGCGUCAGCACCAACGCCUCCUAUUACUGCAAGUGCUGGAAUGGUUAUGUCUUGAAUCCGGACAAGAAAACAUGUUCCUUGAAACAGGCGAAGAUGGAGGUGGUGGAGGAUCCCUGCAAAUGUGAGGCCAGGGUGGCCUUUCAGAAGCAGACUCAGGCGGCCAUCCAGCAGCUCACGGCCAAGAUAGCUGACGUGUCCGGAAGAAUAGAGCGUCUGGAGAACUCGCUGGCCUGAGUUUGACGCUUCACACGGCAGCGUCCAUAGACUGCUUCCUGUCUGUGCCCCCCCAUGACCACCAGCAUCUCACUGUACAGUUUGGAGCAGCAGCUGAUUACCCCAGCAAAUUCCUCCUCAAAAAAUUAUAUUAAUUAGAAUAGGAUGUAUUAAACCUCAUGAAAUGUAUAACUGUGACUAACACUUAUUUACUUUGUGAAUCUAAUUUGAUAUAAAUGAAAAUAACAUUAUUUUUGCAUCGUUUUUGUACAAAAAUGGUUAUAAACUGUAUAUAGGACAUUAUGUUAUUACAUGUCCACUGAAAAAAGUGCCUUUAAGUGAAGUAUUUUUGCUUAUAUAAGUAACAUAUUAUAUGCAAUAUUCUAAUGCUUGAUAAAAAUUAGAAAUAAUUACAAUCUGUAUCCUUGAAAUCUGACACU